GUGUGGAAGUGCUGACCUCGCUACAACAACUGGACUUGGGAGAGAACUGUCUCAACAAACACAACUCUUUGCAGCCACUGAGUUCUCUCGUGCAUCUCACACAGCUACAAGUGGACGGCAACCCGCUCUCCUACCACAGACUCCACCGGCCACUGACCGCCUCCUGUCUGGCCCGCCAAUCUGCAAAUGUCAAGUUUGAGCUGGACAAGAAGAAGCUGACAGCCUCGGAACUUGCC